GUUACGGUGUUUCGAGGGACGCAGAAAGAAAUUACUGACGUUGGAAUGCAUUAUCUACCUCUGUUUCACAACCUUUUCUUCGUUUCGUGAGUCUGGGUAACUACAGCUUUGUAAUUGUUGGUUCCCCAUGCCACUGAAAACGAGCUUCUGAAGUAGAACCUAGGAUCAAGGGGUGAGAGAAUUAUGGCUAGAGGGGUCUGUAUUGUUAGGCAUCUGAAAGAACAGUAAACUGAAGUGCAAAUAUUGCCUUUUGGAAGUUCAGCACAGGAUGGGUAGAUCAGAAGAAGUGAGUGAUCGAUGAGAGAAUGAAUGAGGAUGUGAAGAUCACAGAUCUGCCAGCGCUGACCCACUCCAAGCUACACAUAGGACACAGCUUUGUGUGGACUCACCUCUUCCCUGAAACUGCACAGGUUCCUAAAACUCGUAGCAAGCAUGCCACCUGCCAUCACAAUGGGGCUAUCUACCUGUACGGCGGGGUGUGUGGUAACGUCUCCCUCAAGGACAUGUGGAGGUUUGAACCCAGCUCAAGCCUCUGGACCAAGCUAGAGUGCCGUGGGGACACCCCUCCCCUCCUACAGGAACACACUAUGGUUGGAUAUAAGGAAUCCAUCUUCAUCUUCGGUGGUCUGUGCGGGUUUGACAACCCCGGAGAGACCUCUCUCUGGAUCCUCGACCUCACAAAGUUCACCUGGCAGAAGCAGGUCAUCACCUCGGAGGUCAUGACCCCUACCAGUCGCAGAGGUCACUCGGUGGUGUGUCACAACGGAGGGAUGCACCUCUAUGGAGGUCAUGUGGACCUCAAGGGAUCCUGUAAUGAACUCUGGACCUUGGAUUUCGAAACCUUGUACUGGCACACCAUGGUGUAUAAUAACCAGGACCCUAGCCCGCCUCCCAGACACGGUCACUCAGCUGUCAUCCAUGAUAACGCCAUGUACAUCUACGGUGGUAGCAAGAAUCUUCAGCGACUUCAAGACAUGUGGAAGUGGGACUUUGGGAGUCGUCAGUGGACAAAGGUCCGUUAUUGGCAGGGCCCACCAGCCCUUCAUGGCCACUCUGCGCUCUCACUCGGGGACUCUAUGAUGAUCUACGGUGGGGAAGACAAGGACGGGGGAUUCAGAAGCGACCUCUGGAUAUUCAGUUACAGCUCUGAGAGUUGGACCAAGGUGCCUUACAAGGGUAGUAUCAUCCCCUCACCCACCAUCCACCAAACCUUCGAAAUGGACAUCCCACAGUCCGCCUCCCUCUACCCACCACAAGAUGAACGUUCCCUCUCCGCCCCCUUCCUGCAGCGACCCAGCAUGUCAUCCCUCCACGUCAGACCCCAUCAACGACCCCAUUCCUCCCCUCCUUACUCCAUCGAGACCGCCAAGAGUGGCAUGAAGGAGAGGGUCUUCAGGAACAAAGUCCACCCCAAUAGCGGCCAGACUACACCCGUUGAUGAGGGUAACCAUGGUGAUACAGUGAUGAUGUUGCGCAGGGAUGCAGAUGAUGAUGAUGUUCACGGCGAUGACAGUGGUACUGAGGAUGAUAUUGAUGAGGAGGAAGAUAUUUACAACUCAAGGAUUUUCAUUCCCGCCAAUGAGCUGACAACCUCCAGCAGGGAGAACUUGCUGGAAGACGAAGCAAGUCAGAAUACUGAUACAACCAUCAGGACUUUCAGGAAAACGAAAGUGAGACCGGUAGGGAUGGAUGCUAUGAGCCCAUCGGAUGAAGAAAGAAUUGAAGAAAAGACUCUAACAUCUGCUUUUGGAGAUUUACUGUUGACAGACCUUGAUCGAUUGAAUCACAAUGAUAUGACUGCCUCAAGAAACGCGAAAAUCCCAAGCAUACCUCGGGUUAGUAUUGAGGACUACGAUAAAAGUAAAACUGAAAAACCCCAAACAGUAAUCAGUAGGUCGCAUGGAUUUGGAAAUGAAAUGUCUGUCGGGAAUGCUGAGUGCAAUAAUCUUGCAAAGUUCAACAAGAGACCACAAAUUAUCCAGGUGCUGCCAAAAUCCAAAUCGGAUGAAAUCCCCCUGUUGAGCUGUUCCAUCGAUGACAUGAACUUGAAAAACAAGUGGCUGUCAAGCGAGCAAUUCGCAUUUGUGAACGAUGGUUUUACCAUUGGCGAUGACACUUCGAAGCCUCCGUGCCGUCCUCGAUCAAAUAGUUUAACAGAGCAGAAGUUGAUUGUCGAAACCCUGCGUGAUGAGCGCCAUCUCUCUCUCAAUGAUUUGCCAAACAUGGCGACGCUAAUUCUUCAGCAGCAUAACAGGACGUCCACGCACAAAAUCCAUGAAUAUCAUAAAGAACCUACCAAACGUGGAGAGAAACGUCCCGUGCUGAAGAAACGAUCUCAAACCGACCACGCCCUCUAUGCAAAGACCAUGCAAUAUAAGACCGAAGGUUUCAAUGGGAAUGUUCCCAUUGGCAAGGGGCGCCACCAUUUACCCGUACCUGUACACCUCUAUGUGUUUGGUGGUCAGGAACAUAAUGUUAGCAGUGUGCACAAGUACCAGACCAGGCUGCCAGUCUUCAGGUGUACCAUUGUACCAGGGAAGCUGUCACCUAGUCAAAUCCAGGCACUACUUCACUGACAACAAGAGUUCUGACCUUUGACCUCCCAUAUCUUCAUUGUAGCAAGAAGAGUGGAGAUAGUCACGUAACUGGAAGUUGCACUCCUUCACUGACAACAAGAGUUCUGACCUUUGACCUCCCAUAUCUUCAUUGUAGCAAGAAGAGUGGAGAUAGUCACGUAACCGGAAGUUGCACUCCUUCACUGACAACAAGAGUUCUGACCUUUGACCUCCCAUAUCUUCAUUGUAGCAAGAAGAGUGGAGAUAGCCACAUAACCGGAAGUUGCACUCCUUCACUGACAACAAGAGUUCUGACCUUUGACCUCCCAUAUCUUCAUCGUAGCAAGAAGAUUGGAGAUAGUCACGUAACCGGAAGUUGCACUCCUUCACUGACAUCAAGAGUUCUGACCUUUGACCUCCCAUAUCUUCAUCGUAGCAAGAAGAGUGGAGAUAGUCACGUAACCGGAAGUUGCACUCCUUAACUGACAUCAAGAGUUGGGACCUUUGACCUCCCAUAUCUUCAUCGUAGCAAGAAGAGUGGAGAUAGUCACGUAACCGGAAGUUGCACUCCUUCACUGACAUCAAGAGUUGGGACCUUUGACCUCCCACAUCUUCAUCGUAGCAAGAAGUACUGUGUACUGCUCAUAUUAUCAGACGAGGGGUAGCGAAAAGUAAUCAUCUACAAAAGCAUAUUUCCCUUUGAAAGUGGCCUGUUAGUUUGCAGCUAGGCAGGAAACUUUUGUCUACGUAUCUGCAAGGAAGAUCCAGUUAAGCACAUGCCUGACAUAUUUUCUCCUGGCAGCAUCAAGAUGGUACAAAGGGAAUGAGCUAGAUAGGACUUCAUCUCUUAAAUCUUGAGUAAAGUGCUCAUUAUCACCUCUGUCUACAUCAUAACAAGAAUUGUGGGAGUUUUGUUGUGCAAAACAAGACAGUGAUGCGUGUGUUCAUUCAUCCAUUACAGGAUCUAUCUACUCUUGUUAAGGCUGUUAAUUCACCUAUCAUACACUGAUCACCCUGAGAGCUUCUCAAGAUAGAUGAAGUCAAUUGGCAGGCAUCAACAAUUUAAGAGUAUAAUAACUUUCAUUAUCAAAACAGACUCAUUAUUCAUCUGAAUCUCCAUGUUCGCCUCUAAAUCUGAGCUUUAUAGUGCUCAGCAACGUGCCAAUUCCUUAUCAAAAUUAUGUUAUAUUUUGUUUGCAUAUUUGUAUGUAGAAAAUUGGAUAUUAUAUCUAACAUGUGUGCUAAUGCAAUAGA